UCGCAUUUAUUUCUGCCGCUGUUACUAAAGUUAACUCGCUUCAUUGGCAUUUACUCCCCUUUUUGAAGUAUCGCGAUAUUCGUGUACUCUUGAGUCCAGUGGUCUUCGCAAUUACUGAUAAGUGCCAAUCAAACCGUAAAAAGAAAAAACAAUUAAGGGCGCCCAAAAUUCAAGGUCAUCAUUUAAUUAUCAAUUGAACAUUGUGAGGCAGUGUACACAAACAACACGGUUGCCAGUCUUGCCUCUAAAAGCAUUGUACAGUAUAGAGUUUAACUUUAAAUACUUCCGCCAUGGUGCCGCCAAAGGAUAAUGUGGACCUUGAAUGUUUUCUGGUGACAAAGCAUUCAUGGAAGGGCAAAUAUAAACGUAUUUUAGCUAUUGGUACUGCUGGAAUUUCCACAUAUAAUCCAGAUAAAUUAGAUCUAACAAAUCGUUGGACAUAUUCAGACAUCGUUUCGGCGGCACCGAGUAAAGCAACAAAUAUACCAAAUGAAUUUGUGCUGACUAUUAAAAAAGAGAAACGCGUCGAUUCUAUAAAACUUUCAUCAGAAUAUCGUAAUGACAUACUCUGUUCGAUUUUGAAGUAUUACAAAGAGUUUGCUGAUAAGCCUAAAAAUUCACAACGUUUCCCUGCUUAUAAAUAUCAUUGGUCUGGUGUCAGUUUACCCACAAUGCUUGAAGUCACACCGUGCUCAUUAGAUCAAUUGGAUCCAACAACAAACGAAGUGCUCACAAGUUAUAUGUACAAAGACAUAGAGGGCAUAAUAGUAGGCAUUUCCGACUACGAUGGAGGCAUUGUUAUGGCCCAUGGUGGCUUCAGUCGUUUACAUCUCUUUCGUGCAUUGAAUCAUCAUGAAAUUGUGCAGAAUAUAGCUCAGCGUUCGGUGCAGUUUCUCGGUAUUGAAACGAAAAUACUCAAAAGCCAAAUAACACUCGAGCAAUUCGAACGUCAACGUUUCGGUGAAUAUAGCGGUGAUCAGUAUCAAACAUCUAUGACCGAAUUCACCGUGCAAAAGAUAACACCACGUCAUCCGGAUCCAGUGAAGCGCAUACUUUGCCUAACGGAAGCAACACUGUUGGAACGCGAUCCCCAGACAUAUAGCGUCUGCACGCUACGUUUGCUAGCCGAUGUGUUUGCAUUGGUACGCGAUAAAGACAAUUUGCAACGCUUUUUUAUAGAAUAUAAAAAUGGCAUAUUGCGUCAGUAUUUGACCAAUGAUCGCGAUUCACUGCUGGCCACACUUUUGGAUGCAGUGCGUUCGAGUGGCAACAAGGAUGUACAUGUACGCAUAAGCAAUACACCGCGCGGUAAACGGUAUGUACCAUUUAGUUGUUCCGUCGAUGAGGAAACUGAGGCGAAUUUACUGCGCUUGAUCAUCAACAAUGUACAAAAUCCAACGAAACGCUUCGAAGUACUCGAACGUUUUAACGCCAACAUACCACACAGUGGUCUUAACUACAGUGUUACGCAAGAUAGCCUCUUUGCGGAGAACAAAGAGAAACUCAUCUUGAGUGCACUGCAAGCUUUGGCACAAAAGGAGCUCGACAAUCCAACUGCACAACUGAACAAUCUCGAAAUUGAAGCAAUUUUUCACGCACUCACACGCUUGCUAGCUAGCAAAGUGGGCUAUGGCGCAUUUACAAACUUACCCGGUUUUCGUGAAAUUAUUGGCACGAAAAUUGUUGCUGCUCUGCGUCGUAAAGACUUGGCAGUUACAUACUCCGCCAUCGAUAUGAUAAAUUCACUCAUGCAUUCAGUGAAUGCCGAUCAUGACCUGAAACAAGAGCAAUUAAAUAAAUCAUCCAUAUUAUCGUCAAAGUCAUUUCUGGAAACAUUGCUGAACAUGUGGACAACACAUGUGAGUCACGGCAGUGGCGCGCUGGUGCUAUCCGCCAUGUUGGAUUUCCUCACAUUCGCCCUCUGUGUGCCUUACAGCGAAACGACAGAUGGCAAACAAUUCGAUAUUUUGCUGGAAUUAGUUGCCGAACGUGGUCGUUAUUUAUAUAAACUCUUUCAGCAUCCCUCGUUGGCCAUUGUGAAGGGUGCUGGUCUUGUUUUGCGCGCCAUUAUCGAAGAGGGUGAACUGCAUGUGGCCCAACAGAUGCAGUCGCUAGCUUUGGAUGAAGCAGCAUUAUGUCGACAUCUACUUGUUGCCCUAUAUACACCAACCAAUGAUCCAACUUUAGCGACUCAUCGUCAGUUAUCGCGCCAUUUAAUUGGUUUGUGGAUUACGGACAACGAGGAAGCACUGGAAUUGUUGAGACGCAUAUUUCCUGCUGGUUUGCUAAUGUUCCUGGAGAGCGAGGAGAGCGUACCAAAGACUGAUGUGGAGGAUGAUAAAUUGAAUUUCCGCGAUAAUCUGAAACUGGCAAUACAACAUUCCAAUAGAAAUAGGAGGAAUAUUAUAGAGAAACAUUUACAUGAUAUCAAGCAUUGGGGUAUGAACCUCAUAGAACAACAGGACUCCGCUGCUCAAGCUAUGAAAAAUCGCCCAGUGGUAUUACGGAAUCGACGUCAGCGCAAGAAAAAAGAGGACGCUAUUUUAAAUUUACCCUAUUUCUUCUACAACUUCGCCAAAGAUCACAGUUUGCCGAACUUAAUAUGGAACCAUAAGACCCGUGAGGAGUUGCGUAUUUGUCUUGAAAAUGAGUUGCGGCAAUUUAUGAAUGACCGAGACUUGGCUGGCAAUAUGAUCGUGGCGUGGAAUUAUCAAGAGUUCGAGGUUACUUAUCAGUGUUUGGCCGAUGAAAUCCAAAUUGGUGACUAUUAUAUACGCCUAAUUUUGGAGAAAGACGAUUGGCCGCAAAAUCUCGUAAAAGAUCCAAUCGAGUUGUUUAAUGCGCUCUACCGUCGUGUGCUCUGUCGGCAGCGUGUCAACGAUGAUCAAUUAACGGUGGUGUCACUACAAGCGUUAGCGAAGGUUUAUCGGCGUUACCACAAGGAAAUCGGUCGUUUCAGCGAUAUGUCCUAUAUCUUGCAGUUAACUGAUCGUUGCCUCUCACCAUCACUGCGUGAUGCACUCAUCAAUCUGAUAUCCUGCCUGGUGCUGGAGAAAUCCAAUUGCCGUCCACUUGUCGAUCACGUGCAGUGCCUUGUUGACCUCAUCACGCUGGCACAUCUACAUAAGGGACGUGCACAGCCGAAUACGAAAACCAAUGUCAUAGAGGCUGGUCCUAAUAUGGAGGCAUACGAGGAGAAAGAUUGGUAUUAUAAUAUUGAAAAGGAGGGCCAAAAACCGGAACGCCAAGGUCCCAUAACAUAUUCCGAAUUGAAGGAACUCUGGCAAAAGGGUGUGAUAACACCGAAAACCCGUUGCUGGGCCAUCGGUAUGGAUGGUUGGCGUUCGCUACAACAAAUACCGCAAUUAAAAUGGUGCCUUAUCGCCAAGGGUACGCCGAUCUACAAUGAGACCGAAUUGUCCUCCAAACUGCUCGAUAUACUCAUAAAAUGCACCAGCUUCUUUCCAAGUCGCACACAAAACGGCACUGCCGUACUUAUACCGGGACCGAAAUUGUCACGCAAACUAUCCGAAUUCGUUUGUCUGCCCCACAUCGUGCAGGUGUGUCUCACACACGAUCCCGGCUUGUUGGAACGCGUUGCCACACUGUUGUGUCACAUUAUGGAAGACAAUCCCGAAAUGCCGAAGGUCUAUUUGACCGGUGUAUUUUACUUUAUGCUCAUGUACACGGGUAGCAAUAUACUGCCGAUCACAAAGUUCCUAAAGAUGACACACAUGAAGCAGGGUUUCCGCAGUGAUGAGACAUCACAAUCCGGCAUAAUGCAUCGCAGCAUUUUGGGUCAACUGUUGCCAGAGGCCAUGGUGUGCUUUUUGGAAAACUACAGCGCUGAGAAGUUUGCGGAAAUAUUUUUAGGUGAAUUCGAUACGCCAGAGGCCAUUUGGAGUUCAGAAAUGCGUCGUUUGUUGAUUGAAAAGAUCUCCGCACACAUCGCUGAUUUCACGCCACGCUUGAAGGGGCACACAAUGGCGCGCUAUCCCUACCUCGCCAUACCGGCCAUCAGUUAUCCACAGCUCGAAAAUGAACUCUUCUGUCACAUCUAUUAUUUGCGCCAUUUAUGCGACACACAAAAAUUCCCCAACUGGCCCAUUGCCGAUCCAGUUCAACUGUUGAAACACACAUUGGAUGCUUGGCGCAAGGAAGUCGAGAAGAAACCACCACAAAUGACUGUACAGCAGGCGUACCAAGAUCUCGGCAUCGACUUGACCAAGACACCCAAGCCCGAUGAAUCGAUGAUACGCAAGAGUUACUACCGUUUGGCGCAAAUGUAUCAUCCGGACAAGAAUCCAAAUGGACGUGAAGUGUUCGAGAAAGUCAAUCAGGCGUAUGAGUUCUUGUGCUCGCGUUCAGUGUGGUCCUCAGGUGGGCCAGAUCCUAAAAACAUAGUACUCGUGCUGCGCACACAAAGCAUACUCUUCGAGCGUUAUCCAGACGUGUUGCGUCCCUACAAAUACGCCGGCUAUCCGCAGUUAAUCAAGACCAUACGCUUGGAGACACGCGACGAUGAUUUAUUCUCGAAGGAAGUACAGCUAUUGUCGGCUGCCUCCGAGCUUUGUUAUCACACGGUGCAUUGCUCGGCCUUGAAUGCGGAAGAGCUGCGUCGCGAAGAGGGCAUCGAGGCGCUUUUAGAGGCCUACACACGUUGUGUGUCCAUUUUGGGUGCCGAUUCUAAACCCGAUGCGCUGCACUAUCAAGUUAUUUCGAAUGUGACACGUUGCUUCGAGGUCGCCUGCAACUUUGAGAAAUGUAAACAAAAGAUUAUAACAUUGCCGCAAUUGCUCUCCGACGUCUGUCGCGUAGUGUACUUUAAGCACACGCUCUCGGUUAGUCUGGUGACCAGCAUGGCGGCCAACAACUACGAACUGCAAUGCAAUCUUGUGCGCAACGGCGUGCUGUGGUCAUUGCUGCUCUUCUGGUUCGAUUACGAUUACACGCUGGACGAGAGCGGCGUGCAGGCCAGCGACAAAACCAAUCAGCAACAGGUGGCCAACAAUCUAGCGAAAAUGGCUGUGCUCGCCUGCAUCGCGCUUGCCGGCUACGGUUUGGAUUUGCAUAAGGCGGCGAAUGGCACCGACAAUGGCAGCGGUGAUGCCUCACCAACCACCGGUCCCAAAGCGAUUAAGGCGAAUGCAGCAAUUGCUUCGCCCUCAGCGUCGGCGUACACGAAAAACGCACAGAAUCCACUGCAGAACACUAACAAACAAUUGGCCAUAACUACUGGCGGUACUACCGAUACAGAGGCGAGGACAUUGGUUGCCAAGCGUGAUUCCAAUGCUAGUAACAAAUCGGAUGUCAUUUCGAAUGCAUCGUCCAACGAGAAGGAGGAAAAUGGCGAGACGAAUGGCAAUGGCAACGCGAAAAAGCCGAACGACUCGCAGCUACCGAAGUAUACUGUAGUGUCCGAAGCGAAGAAUACAAUCGUGAAACAGGUGCUGGAUCGCCUGCUCACGCCGUACAUAGCGAAUAGGUUGCCCAGAGAACGCAGCAACGAAAUUCUAAAAGUACUUACUUCAAAUACGCGUAAUCCCUACCUGAUAUGGGAUAACGGCACGCGUGCGCAAUUGGUUGACUUCUUGGAGACACAAAGGGCCACUGCUACGAAGGAGACAUUCGAGGACGUCGCUGAGGUGUAUAAUUUAGUGUCCGAAUUCCAAUAUGACGUUAGCAAAAAUGAACUACAAAUUGGUGGCGUCUACAUACGCAUCUACAAUGAGAUGCCAACAUUCCCCAUAGCUAAACCGAAACAGUUUAUUAUGGACCUGCUGGAGUAUCUCAAGCAAGCAUAUCACUACUUGUCCACCAACAACAGCAGCGGUGUAAAGAUCGUUACCACUCCCACCUCGAUGACGUCGAAUAACAUCGGUCAAGAUGGCAUACUCACACCGACACUGGCACCGAAUCACCCACAGCUGCAACCGGCCAAAACUGGCAAAACCUUCGAUGAAGUCCUGAACGCCUACAAUCGCUCGAAGAUACGCAAUAAAAUCGAAGCGAGCGCACUACUCGAACAACAACAAAUGCAACAGCAAUACAGAUAUGAUUUUGCGAAUGACGGUGCACUCCAGGAACAUGUGAUAAUGGUGCUGCAGGCGCUAAUGGCCGUCAUCAAAUGCAACGCCGAGGUGGAGAUACAAUGCAUCGGCAGUUUCAAUAUGAUCUUCGGUUUCUUGGCGCAUAAUUUAUUCAAUGAGAACACUGCCGUCAAGACAGUGGCGCUCGAAGUGGUCGCAUUGGUUUCACGCAAUAAGGAAUGCGUUUCGGAAAUUGCCGCCUGUGAGUUGCUCGGCCAAUUUUUGGUUGCGCUUAAAGAUCCCGAUUUGCGCAGCAGCCAAGUGAAAGUGCUCGAAACCCUGUCUGGGCUCAUGAAUGUACAGGAAAUGAUCAAGGAGGCGCAAAACAAGGGCGCCGUCAUUUACUUGCUCGAUAUGUUCUGUAAUUCACGCAAUCCGCUGAUACGUGAGGUGUGCGCCGAAAUAUUGGCCAAAAUGACGGCGGAUCGGUUAAGUGGGCCGAAGGUACGCAUUACCGUUUCGAAAUUCCUGCCGCCGCUCUUCGUUGACGCAAUGGUUGAAUCGCCGCAAACUUCAGUGCAAUUAUUCGAAUCAAUACACGAGCAUCCGGAAUUGAUAUGGAAUGAUAAGACGAGAGCGAUAGUUUGUGAUGCUGUGGCGGAUACGUGUGAGAGCUUCUAUAGAGCGCAAAAGAUCACCGACAAACAUCUGUGGAAGGAUCCUGAAGUGCUCAAAGAUAUCGUUUCGAAUGAAAUUGUUGUUGCUGGUGUUUAUUUGCGUUUAUUCGUCAGUAAUCCGGCGUGGACUUUGCGUAAGCCGAAACAAUUUUUGGCGGAUUUACUGGAUUUCGUUGUGGAGCAAAUCAGCAAAAGCUCUACAGAGAAAGACGUUUUGGAGCUAUCAACGACAGCUUUAGUGGAGUUAUUGCGUUCACAACCGAAUCUAGCCGACGAUAUACCCGUUUUGGGGCACAUACCGAAGCUUUUCAAUUUGCUGUCCGUGCAACCGAAGAGUACACUAUCAGUAUUGCACCAGCUGUCACUAUCGGAGUUCUGCGUUAGCGCUGUUUCGCAAACCGAAUGCAUACAUCCGCUGAAGAAAUGCAUGGAACAGCAUCGUGAUUGCAUUGAGAAAGCCUGUGAGACGCUCAGUCGCCUGUUCAAAUAUCAACAUGAUUCACUCAUUAGUCAAUCGCUCGAAGUAAAUUUGGUGCCAUACUUGUUGGGUCUACUGGACAGUCGCCUAGAGUAUGUGGACAAUGCGUCGGCGGUGAAAGCGCAAAUUGUCGCUGCACUCAAGGGCAUGACCCACAAUCUUAAUUACGGUGAACGCGUCACACAAAUCUUGCUGAAACAUCCCAUAUGGGCCGAGUACAAAGAUCAACGACACGAUCUCUUCAUAACAGAUACCAACAUCAGAGGCUAUCUGACCGCAGGCAUAAAUCCCACCGCUGGCUAUUUGACGCAAGGCCCAGCGCAAAGCGUGGACGUACUCACCUCACCGCCACCCAUGGAUCGUGACGACCCAUCCGCACGACCGGCCAUAGAUUAAUAUACCGUGCAUGCUGUGACAGUAACGUUUUACAUGCUGUAACUUUUGUUGCCACCCAGUGCGUAGUAACAACAACUGGCAAACUGGUCAGUAUUGUUAAAAGGCUUUAAUUGAGCGUGAACGCUGGAAAUAAACGAUGCGAUUACCUUUCGAUUGGUGCAUAACAUAGCGUAGGCACAAACAAAAACAAAAAGAGCAAACAACCAAUAUAAAUGAAUACGAAAGCAAAACAAAACAAAAAAAACAAAAACAAAUGACGCCGCACAUACCAAUUUUAACUGAAAUGCACUCAAUCAUCAAGAAAUCAAAGCGUCUUGGCAUCAUUGAUUAUUUACUUGUUUAUUGAUUUUUUAUUACUAUUAUUAUUAUUAUUAUUAUUACUAUUAUUACUGCUAGUACUACUUAUUUUUUGGUAUUAUUAUGUUAAUGUGAAUAUCAGCAAAGAAGCGAACGCAAAGCGAAAUGAUGUGAAGAAAGUAUUUUCAAAAUUAAGAAUAUAAAAAAUGUUUCCUUAAAUUAGUGUAUAUUUACUAAAUGAAUUCACCGUGUUUAACACCAAAUAUUGCAUGUUUAAUUUACAAAGAUUUCGUUGGUGUUUCGAUGAGCAAAAUUCAAGCUGCGGCAGCAGCUGGCAUGCUCCCAAAUCCGAUUGCGCUGGCGAUAUAUAAAACAUGUAUGAAUUCCUGAAAACGAUUCUCACCACUUUUAAGCACACAAAACGCAUACACAUAUGUAUGUAAACAACCACACCAACCCACACACACGCAGUGAAAGCGAUGCAUCCUUAAAAUACAUGGAGUUUUUAUAUUUGUAGAUUAUAAAGUUUACAAACAAAAAAAUAAAAACAAAAAAGAAAUAAAAGAAUUUCAAUACACAUACAGCAUAGAAAUAUAUAUUGUACAUACAUAUAUAUUAUAUAUAAAUAUAUCUAUCUUAAAGUGAUACAGAGAAAUCUUAAUAAAAACUGAUUCGAUUUGAAUGAAUGUGCGAGAA